AUGAAGCCGCCCACCCUCGUGCUGCUCCCCCUGCUGGCGGCGGCACCCGCGCCGCAGAUGCCCGACAUCAAGGGUAUGCCCGGCAUGUCAAACGCCUUCGCCCGCGGGGGGCCGCCAUGGCGCAAGGCCACCGAGAAGGUCUUCAACGAGGCCUGUCAGAUGAAUCGUGGGCAGCCAUCGGUGUUUUGCUACCCGGACAUGAAGGAACUGCUCGAAGGUCUGUCCAAGGCUUCAGAAUAUGGAGCCGACUUCACGAGCGAAACGUUCCUAUUGGACAUACAUGUGGUGGUGGAGCAGUUGCUUGGCUGGCCCUCUGCAUGGACCGGGGUGAACCAGGUCCUCGCAUCGCGGCACCAAUGGAGCAGGCACUACUGCGACAAGAUUCUCGGCGACUCGCCGAUAUGGUAUGCCCCGCCACUGGUUCGCAAGAGCUUUAUCACACCUCGGUCGACCAUUGCGCAAAUCGAGAAGGACCAGCCUUAUGUGGCCGCAGCCUUCAGCCGCUACCUGGAAGAGUUGGGCAAGAAUGGUGACGGCAAGACCAAGGAGCUGAUACGAGUGCUGAAGGCCAACGACGUCGCGGACAUCAAGAGCAAGUCCGUGCAUGCUCGGCCGAUGAUGCGCCUGAUGAUGCACGAGCACGCGAAAGUGCUCAAGUUCAUCCUCGGGAAAGCCUGCAAAGGCAGCAAGAAAGCAUGGGCCAAGUUCGAAAGGCAGGACUUGAAUGGCCUGACCAUCGUGCAUCACGUCGCCAGCCAGGGGAACACCGCCGCGGUGGAAGCGAUCCUCCGCGCUGCUCCCAAGCCCAAGCGGCAGCAGCUGGCAUCGACGCGCGAUGGCUAUGGCUACCUCCCCGAAGACUGGGCCGCGCUUGGGGACUUCAACGACACCGUGGCGGCGUUGCGCAAGUGGCGCGGAGACGAGGAGGCGGUCAGUGACAUCGUGGCGCCUGCAGAGCCCCUAAAGCUGUUCCGGGAAGCGGGCUCGGCCGCAGCUGACCCUGAGGAGUGCCCCGCGUCGGAUGCCUCCUGUGGAUCUGGUGGCUGGCGCCAGGCCGAACUUUCCGCCGUGCCGGCGGAGUGGCUUCCGGGGCCCGAGGCUCCUUGCGCCAUCGACACGAUACUUGCUUCGCAGUUCGACAUCGACACAUUUCUCAGGCAUUACCUGUUGCAUCCUCGCCCUUUGCUGAUCAAAGGAGCUGGGAAGCCGGAUGCCUCUUCCGCGGGAAACUGGACCCGCGCUGGGCUCCUGGCCGCUGCUGGGGAGAGGAAGGUUGAAGCCGAACUCUUCCCGCGUGCGCAGGCCUUCGAUGGCACAAGACCAUUGAAGAUGAGCUUGAGGGAGUACCUGGAGCUCAUGGACAAUCGAUCUGCAGACCUGAGCUUCGCAAAGAAGAAGCUCCAGUACGGGUAUCUACCGCUCGACGUGAACGAGGUCUACCUAAACUUUUCUGCUGUUCUGCCGGAGGUGCUGAAUGGGCAGGUGGAUCACAAGGGAACUGUCUUCCUCCUGGGUGGGGUCCUGUCUGGCACGCCCCCACAUCAUCACGGCCCCAGCGCGAACUCGCUGGUUUAUGGCACGAAGCUUUGGUUCCUGGACCCGCCCGGUCGUGAGAUUGUGGCGCACGAGCCCAUCUACGACUACCUCAAGCGCAGCAAGGGGGCGUGCAGCACUCAGCAGAGACCACUUCUGAACGUGGAUGCUGCUGUGCGCUCUACAGGUGCGGACUUGACCCUUAAACCCUAA